AUGGCUUCAUCUCAAAAAAGACUAGGAGAAUUUCUUAAUGAGCAACAAGAACCUUUCAUGCUAGAGCUAUACCUUCUAGAAAGAGGAUACUUAAAUGAAGAUUCAUUAAAAAAGAGAAAGAAAAAGGUUUUAAUACCAUUUUCAAAUUUUCUAGCUUCUAUAGUUAACAAGCUAGCUUUUCAUAGCCAAGGUAAUUCUAUAUCAACUUCUAGGGACAAUGGUCAAAGAAAAAAACAUGCAAGUUGCAAUGUUCAAAUUUCAUCAGCCAGUUACAACUCUACCAUGUUCAAUUCAUGCUCAAACGUUGAUGAAGAAGGAACUUCAAUUUCAUCCCAUAAAGAUCACCAUUUAUGUUCUUCUCAUAUUCACCAAACUUGCAAGGAAUGCAAUAUGAGAUGGGAGAGACAGAGAUGCAUAGAGGGAAAGAUACCUCUAGAAAGUGAUUCCAAUGUGAACGAGGAAGUUAGGGAAAUGCAACAGAGAACAAACAUGCCUAAGAAAAUCAGAGAGGACUCACUAUUAUCAGCUGCUAUAUUGAAUUUACUUGGUGUCUCAUCAAAAAAAGAAGAUUGCACUAACCAGUCGCAAGAGUAUAUUUCUGAGCCUCGUGUUUCCCAAGUAUUAAAAUCCAAAAGGGUAUUAUCACACAAGAUAAAGAAACUUCUAUUUGAUUGUGUUGAAGAUAUUACAAUAACACUUCCAACAAAAGAGGUCAGAAAGCAAGUUCGCAGACAAUCCAUGGGGCCUAUAGAGUUUGAGAAGCUCACUUGUCAAGGAACGAGAGAAUGGAGACAAUAUUAUAGUGAAGAUGGUUUAAUGUCUUCAUUCACUAUUGAUUACUUGGAUUCAAUAAUGGAAUGGAGCAAGUUUGAACAACAAGUUAAGGAUAUUAGCUUUGAGAUUAGUGAUGCAAUUUUGGAUAUUCUCAACAAUGAAAUUGUAUUAGAAAUUAUUGCAACUUUACCACCUUAA